AAAUUGAAAGCAAAAUGACGCUGGCACAUCGCGCGCUCUUUACAUGGUUCAUAGUCUUGGUGUUCCUAAUACUGCUCUGCUUGCGGCUAGAUCCUCGCACCACCUGGAACUGGUUUGUCACCUUCACGCCGCUCUGGUUCUUCGACUGCAUUUUAAUUAUUUACGUGCUAAUCAAAUUUAUACGCAAAUGGCGCAACCUGAACCGCCUGACUGAUCUGCUGUCCCUCUACAAAUGGAACAUUGCCGGCGUGCUGCUAACAAUAACGUCCCAGGUAAUGAUAUGCAUGACCCUGGAGUAUCCACAGCAGAUACCCAUCUAUGUGACCAUGGCACCGCUCAUCCUGCUGCUCUCGACGGCCAUUGUCUAUGUGGGCGGAAAGCUGAGGCGGCGCGAAGGCUGGCUGCAUUGAAAGGAACACAGCAACAUGCUACACUUAUCUCUAUAUAUAUUUAUGUAUUAAGUCUAAAUGUAAUUCACAUUAAAAAUGUA